AUGAAAAUUUUUGUAAUUUUAAUAAUAAUAAAACUUGUUUUAGCAAGUACUCAUUUACCCUCUUUCUAUCAUACUACAGAUGAUAUUGAAAAAGAAGUAAAGAAUAUCUUAAAAAAUUGCUAAAUGAAGGCUACUUAAAAGAAAUAUGGAAUUAUUAAUUCUAUAACCUUAAAGCCAAAAAUAGAAAAUGAAAAUAAGAAUAAGGCUUUUAUAAUUUUUGGAGAACAUGCAAGAGAGUUAAUAAGUGUUGAAACUGGAUUUCACUUUCUCUAAUAAAUAUGCAAAGUUGGUGUAGAUUUCAAAUUAAAAAUUAUCAUUAAUAUGAAUCCUAAUUCAAGAAGGUAUGUGGAAAAAGGAUACUUUUGUUUAAGAGAAAAUCUUAAUGGAGUUGAUUUAAAUAGAAAUUAUGGUUUUGAAUGGAAAUUUAAGGAAAAUCAUUUUGUUUAAGAUUCUUCUGGUCCUGAACCAUUUUCAGAGAUUGAAACAUAAACUGUUAGAGAUAUUCUCACUUAAUUCAAACCUAGAACAUUUAUAACAGUGCAUUCAGGUACUUUAGCAAUUUUGCAUCCUUGGGCUUAUAAGAAAGAAGACAUUGUUAUUUCUCACAAUAAUUUUAGAGGAGUCAAGAAUAAUUGCGUUGAUUGUUUAUUAGGAGGAGCAGCUACUCAAAUAGGAUAUACUGCUUCAGGCAAUUCUAUGGAUUAUGCUUAUGGAGUAGCAAAAGUUAAAAGAUCUUACACACUUGAAAUAUUUUAAUUAGAAAAAUAAAAUUAAAGAAAGGAACCUGAUAGUAAUUUUGCUGAAUUCUUGUAACAUAAAGAGAAAACACAGUUAAGUAAUAAAGAAUUAUUUUGUUUUGAUUAUUUUAAUCCUAGAAGUGAAGAAUAAUAUAAUGAAUUAGUUUCCAAAUGGUCUGAUAUCAUUUUAUAAUUGAUUAAAUGA